CGCGCCGUGUAACGGUCACUGUUUAACCGCUCCAUGCGCGUGCCCGCGCAUGGGGGUGAGGGGAAGGGGCUGGUGACACAAGCCCGCCCCCUCCCCGCCCUCUAACUCUGACAGUUACUCGCUGCAUUUUGCUCCCUGUUGCCGCCCCUCCCCUUGGCCUGGUGCCUGCCCCUCCUCCCGGCCAGUGUGUCCCGCUGGCCGCCCCGGAGCUCGGUGUAUGUGCGGCAACAACAUGUCCGCGCCGCUCCCCGCCAUCGUCCCGGCCGCCAGGAAGGCAACCGCCGCGGUCAUAUUUCUUCAUGGGUUGGGAGAUACUGGACAUGGCUGGGCAGAAGCAUUUGCAGGUAUCAGAAGUCCACAUGUAAAAUAUAUUUGCCCACAUGCGCCAGUUAUGCCAGUUUCUCUGAACAUGAAUAUGGCCAUGCCAUCUUGGUUUGAUAUUAUUGGACUUUCGCCAGAAGCACAGGAAGAUGAAGCUGGGAUCAAGCAAGCAGCAGAGCAUGUUAAAGUACUGAUAGAUCAGGAAGUGAAGAAUGGAAUUCCUUCUAACAGAAUAAUUUUGGGAGGCUUUUCUCAGGGAGGUGCCUUGUCGUUGUAUACAGCUCUUACAACACAUCAGAAAUUAGCAGGAGUCAUAGCACUCAGUAGUUGGCUUCCACUACGGACCUCUCUUCCACAGGGUGCUAUCAGUGGUAUAAACAAAGAUAUUCCUAUUCUUCAGUGCCAUGGGGACUGUGACCCUUUGGUUCCUCUGAUGUUUGGUUCCCUCACUUUUGAGAAGCUGAAGAGUCUGAUAAAUCCAGUCACUGUAACCUUCAAGACUUAUUCGGGCAUGAUGCAUAGCUCAUGUAUUGAGGAGAUGAUGGAUGUAAAGCAGUUCGUUGACAAACACCUACCGCCAGUUGAUUGACAAGAUUUGAGAUGCCUUCUGUAUAAAAACACCAGCAUCAACUUUGACUGAGGAAAGACAUCUACAAACACUCCUAAGCUACUGAAAACAAAAUGUUUUUUCUUGUCUGCAUUUUACCCCCAAGAAAUAGAGAUCUACAUUUUUGCCGUGACUUUAGUUAUGUAGUUUCUGGACAUGAAUUAAUUUCAAACACAUGCCUAAUUUUUUUGUUCAAACCAAAAAUUUGACUAGUAUUAAAUGUUUUGUUCAGCCAGAAGCCUUGGACCUGCUAUUUGAAUACAUUCAGUUUGUUCAUAAGCACAAAUUGGGUUGUACAUUUUUGGCCAAAUCCUACAUCCAUUACUGAGGCAAAACUAUUGAUGCCACUGGGAACAUUGCCAUAGUGAGGGCUGGAAGACAUGGUUUAUACCUCCCACCUUGUAAGUAUUAUUGUAUAAUUAAAACACAGUGGAUUGCUGAAAAAUACUGUAUACUGUAGUUAGUAUAUUAGAAUUGUUAAAUGUGUUCUCUCUAUGAAGUGUAUUGCACUUCAUUAAACUGUUAAGAUGCAUCUUUUAUAUAUAGACGCUACUUGAUGCAUAAUGGAUAUAAUUUUAAAAACGUAUUGUAUAGGAUGUUGAUAAUGAAGCCAUAUAUUUAAGGCCUGGGUAUCUUAAAUUUUAUAAACAAUCAUUUUAACGCUUCGCUUUCCUUUAUGUUGAAGAAUAUAAGUGGAUGUUAUUUAAUAUAAAAAAUCAAGAUGUUGUUACUUAGUUUACUCAUUUAUGGUAAUAAAUCUUGAGCUUUGUUGAAAUGACUUCCAUAGUGGGAAAGUGUAAAAAUUUUUUGUUUCUAUAAUUGUGAAAAUAAACUUCAAACAGUCA